CCGUCCCUCUCAUAUUAUUGAUUGUCUACUAGAAUUCUCCAUUUCUUCAUUCUCCACAAUACCAUCCUCUCUCUCUCUCAAAAAAAACCAUUCAACCCUCUUAAAGGAUCCCAUUUACUACUCUCUCUCAAAUUUCACCGACAAUCUGAGCUUCAAUCAUGGCUGCUUUAGUAUAUAUAGUGCUUUUCUUGGCCCUCACUGGGCAUUCAAGUGCUACUUAUUGCAUUUGUAAAGAUGGGGUUGGUGAUGCUACUCUUCAGAAGGCACUGGACUAUGCUUGUGGAGCGGGAGCUGACUGUACACCAAUACUUCAAAACGGUGCGUGUUACAACCCCAACACAGUCAAAGACCACUGCAACUGGGCAGUUAAUAGCUAUUUCCAGAAGAAGGGGCAAACCCAAAUGAGCUGUGACUUUGCAGGAGCUGCCACUAUUAGCCAAACUCCUCCAAGUACCACGAGUUCCACUUGUGUUUAUCCUGCAAGUGGCAGUACUUCCACCACAAACUCAAGCACCACUACUCCAAGCACAACACCAAGCACAACUCCAACCACAGGCACAACCCCAACCACAACUCCAACCACAGGCACAACAACCCCCAGUACAACUCCCUCAGUCUUUGGAAUAAGUCCAACAGGGAGUUCACUCACUGAUUCAAGCCCUGAUAUGGCUCCUCACUUCAUCACAGCAGCAGCAGCUUUCUCCUUUUCAGUGUUUUUGUUGCUGUGGGGUUGAUAUUGAUUGGUGGGAUUCGAUGUGUGGAUGAGAGUUUACCACUUCAGGAUUCAGAAUGGUUAUGGUGGGUAGGGAUGUAAUAUGAUAUGACAUUUGGGGGCUGUGCAGAGGCAAAUCCCAUUAGGGUUUUCUUUUUCUUCUUUGUUUUUCUUGCUCCAACGUGAAAAAGAUGGGGAAUUUGAUUCCCAUUUUGAGUGGUGAUGAUAUAUGACUGCUAGUGCUCUGUGGGGGUAUAGAAGAACCUAAUCUUUCUUUUUAGAUUUUGUAUAUGUAUGAAUGAGAGCCAGAGCCCGUAUUUUUUAAUUUAAUGGAACUACUCUAUUUUAGCAUUGCUGUUAUUAUAUA